GUAAUGUUGCAUUUAAAAUGUUUUCUUUAAUAUUGAAACUUAAUGCUACUAAAAUGACAUUUUUCAUCAUAGUAAAAAGUUUGAAAGUUUAUUCCCCUAAAAUUAUACAUGUUUUCACAUUUAGAAUGCAACUCGUUUUUCACAACACAAUUGCGCUUUUAUGGUUAGUUUUUGGUUGGCUAGUCACUCCUGGGAAGGUUCACUACUGUUCAAUGUUUUCGCCAUUUGUGAAUAAUGGCUCUCAUUGUGGUUUGCUGGAGUCCCAAAGCUUUAGAAAUGUAAAAAUUUCUGUUAGCAUCCGUACACAGAAGAAAUAAACUGAUCAGCGACCGAUUUAUCUUUUAUGGGUAUUUAUUCUGCAGAAGGGAAGACAGUUGAAACAGACAGUCGAGCCUUGAGUCCCCCCCGCCUGCCCCCUCCCUUGAAGGACAGGACAGUAGCAUAGUUAUACAAACAUUAUCAGGACUUAACCCGGUGCAAGGACAUAUCUCGGGGUUAAUCAGAACCUGUUGACAUGAAAACGUCAUUGGAGAAACUUGUUUUGGAGACACGGGGGUCUCAAACUACAAUCAAAUAAAUUAUAAUGUCUUUCAACAUUAUAAUGUGGAUUUAUUUGUUCCGGAUUUAGGAACGUUGUGUAUUGGCGAUGCUGAGAAAGGUAAGACUGUUCUCAUUCAUUCAGAUAAAUACAGUCCAUGAACUCAUAUGAGUGUGAUAUGGUGCUUCCAGGGGGAGUGGGUUUGGCUCGACUCGGACACCGGGGUCCCCAUCGGAGCCAAGGUCAAAGUGACACCAAGCGGUCAGUGUUUAUUGGUCGAUGAUGUGGGAAAGGAGCACAGGCUGUCCCAGGAAGAGGAAGCCUCCCUCAAGAUCAUGCACCCCACAUCGGUGGAGGGGGUGGACGACAUGAUCAAAUUGGGCGACAUGACCGAAGCCGGCCUGCUGCGAAACCUGCUGCUGCGCCACAAGCGAGGAAUCAUCUAUACGUAUACAGGCUCAGUGCUGGUGGCAGUGAACCCAUACCAGUUUUUCCCCAUAUAUUCAAAUGAGCAGGUGAGUGGGCGGGUCAUUGUCUUUACGGCCACAUAUUUCAUCUUGUCAUUCCGCUAUCCUUCAGGUAAAACUGUACCGAGGUAA